GUGGUUGAUGAGUCAUCAUCCGCUCCUGGCUACAAGACGAAGGCAACGAUGGUGAGCGUGGGGGAUGCAUUUGAGGCUUUGCAGCAGGAGCUGCGCGACUUGGUGGUGCCUUCGAGCGUGCCAGUGUUGCACAGGCCGCCAAGCGCGAUUGAGUUCUUGCGGGAGUACGUAUCUGCGAACCGGCCGUGCGUGAUCAAGGGCCUGGCGUCAGGCUGGCGGUGCACGAGGCACUGGUCCAAGGCAUAUUUAGAGGAGAAGGUCGGAGAUGUGGAAGUGUCGGUGGAGGUGACGCCAAACGGACGCGCGGAUGCGAUUGUGGAUGAUGAGCGCCUUGGGCGCGUGUUUGCUCUGCCGCACACGGAGCGCAUGCCCUUCCGGGAGUAUCUGAGAUCACAGGAGCCUGUCCCAGGCGCCGUCUCCUACGUCUCCCAUCAGAAUUCCAGUAUGACAGACGAAGACGAGUUUGGGGGCGUGCUGAUGGAGGAUGUGGACACGACAACGUUGGACUUUGCACAACAGGCAUUCGGCUGCAAGCCAGAUGCCGUAAACUUCUGGAUGGGCCCUACCGAAGCGCUCACGUCGCUGCACAAGGACCACUAUGAGAACAUGUAUGCGGUCAUCUCUGGGACCAAGCGGUUCACGCUGUAUCAUCCGUCGGCUGUGCCGUACUUGUAUGAGACACCGUGCAAGUCUGCACGGUGGGUCCCGCGCGCACGCAGCAGCGAUGUUGGUGGCGACGGCGCCGCACGAACGCGUGAUGGUGAUGGUGCUGAAGACGGUGGUGAUACCGGGCACGAGGACACCAGCGACAGCGACAGCGGCAGCGGCAGCCGUAAAGGCGGUGCCAACAAAGACAAAACCAGUAGCAGGAACGGCCACAGCCAGGGCAGACACAGCAGCAACAGUAACGAGAACGGAGACGACGGCCACGGCAGUGCUGCUGGGUUUGAGCUUGUGCUGUUUGAGACAGAGGACGAGCACGCGGUGGAGCGGCCGUGGAUUGCAGCGGAUCCCAACAACCCGGACUACAGGCAACAUCCACUCUUCCGCAGCGCGACGCCACUUGUGGUGGAGGUGGAGGCGGGCGAUGUGCUGUACCUGCCGGCCAUGUGGUUUCACCAGGUGGAGCAGCUGGGCGCCGCGCACACGUGCAACCAGUGCAUCGCAGUGAACUUUUGGUACGACAUGCAGUUUGAUGUCAGGUACUGCUACUUCAGCUUUGUUGACGCGCUGGCGCCGCUCAUCCAGAAGGAAGCGGCCACGGGCGCGCUCGCGGAGCAGGAUGCAGGCGAGGAAGGCGGAAGGGACACCAAACACCAACGUCAUGAGGAGGAGGAGGAGGAGGAGGAGGAGGAGGAGGAGGAGGGAGAGUCAUGA